AUCCAUAAACUUAUAAGCGAAUAACGUCUAUUUCUGCGGGUUCAUUCAGAAAAAUAGGACUUUUAGGUUUGCCAGAUUAAUUUAAAUAUAAAACAGAGAUGCUCGAAGAGGCGUUUGAAGCUAUUCGUAGUGGUUUUCCACUCGUUUUGCUUGCCGUCGUGCCAGCAAUGGUUUUGAUAAUUUCUCCAAUUGCCGUCGUGGAUGCCGCUCAUGAAUUUACCGUCUAUAGAAUGCAACAAUAUGAUUUACAAGGGAAUUCCUAUGGUUGCAAGAGUGCAGCGAUCAGUGCCGAAGCAAGAACCAUUGACUCCUCAUCAAUUGCACGAAAAUGUGUUUUACUUCGAGCUGAUGAAGUAGCUCAUGGAAAAUACCUUGAAGUCCUGGACCGAGGUCCCAGCUCCGUUGUAAUAUUGCUGCAAAGUAAUAUGUCCAAGGAGGAGGUACAGAGGUUCAUUUCAUUUGAAGCAGAGCUAUUGGCUCUCGAGUCCAACAUACCUGUCUACUUUGCUUAUGAGAACGAAGAUUUAAAAGAUGUGUACAGCCGGGUCUCUCAUUCAACCAAACAAGAAUCUGGAUCAGCAUUGCAGGCAGUCGUGGACUCUGCUACUUCUGUGGGUUAUCAGCUUGUUACUGUGAGUCCACAGAACAAAGCUUUACCAGACCAGAAGUUGGUAAACAUACAGGGAGUGUUACAUGGACUUGGUGUAGAAGACCAGCUACCUGCUAUUGUCCUAGUAGCGCAUUAUGAUUCAUUUGGAGUUGCUCCUAUGUUAUCUACUGGUGCAAACUCCGGUUCAACAGGAGCGGUAGCAAUGUUGGAGAUUGCUCGUAUACUUGGAAAACUUUAUUCAAACUCAAGAACUCAUCCAAGAUACAAUGUCCUCUUCCUUUUAUCUGGAGGUGGGAAAUUCAACUACCAAGGAUCCAGGAAGUGGAUUGAAGAUGCUGCAGACACAACAGGCUCUUCUUCAUUGAGCAACACCAAGCUUGUCCUCUGCAUGGAAGCUCUUGGUAGUGAAGAUUCAAAGUCACUGCAGAUGCAUGUGUCAAAACCACCAUCCAGCAACAGUGUUGCUCAUUCUAUGUAUUCUUAUAUGGAGAAGGCAGUUGAAAGCCACCCUGAUUAUGAAAUGUCGAUGGUUCAUAAAAAGAUCCGAUUAUCAUCAGACUCGUUGUCAUGGGAACAUGAAAGAUUCUCCAUACGUAGAUUACAUGCGGCAACUUUGUCAUCUCUUGCUGAGCAUACAGACCCUGCAAGACGCUCCAUUCUGGAUACCAAGGAUCAAGUUUCAGUUGACAAUCUGGUUCGAAAUAUUGGAAUUAUUACAGAUUCCCUGAUACGGCAGUUAUACAACAUCUCGCAUAAUGACACAUUUGAUCUGAUGACUGGAGACUUAUCCGUGCAACGUGACAAAGUUCAAUCAUGGCUUGAAUUCCUAUCAUCACAAGCUAGGCCAGCUCAGGUAAUGGGAGAGGAUCAUGCUGUGGUCACUGCAUUAGCUACAGAGCUAAGCAAUCAUGUGAGGGGUGUGCAAAAGGUUGCUUUCAAGGCAGACAAAAGAGAUCCCGAGUUCAUGUUCUACGAUGGAUUAUCGUUCCAGAUGAGUGCUUCCAUUGUACGCUCCGCUGUAUUUGAUCUCUAUGUGACGGUCCUCGUUGCUGGUUACAUUACAACAAUUUACUUCUUCGUGAUGAAAUUCAACCUCUUUCUUUCCAUGGUGAAAAAGGUAGGAGCUUUUCAAAAGAUAAAGGUUCACUGAGCUUAGUUAUCUGAGUAAGAUACAAAUGACAGCCAAGACUUUACACCAUUGAGCUUAGGUUGUAGUUUUCUGCAGCCUAGUCAAAAAAAAACAAUUUAAACAUCAGUUUUGUAUCUAUGUUGUGCAUGCGUUUGAAAUGUUUCGUCCAUUUUGCAACAAAAAUUGUUUUAGAGUCUGCUUUGUGCACAAAACGCUAAACAAAGUCUGACCAACUGUGCAUAUGUUCAACAACUCACUGUCUCUGUGUGCUAAUUUGUUGGGUUGUUUCGAAUUUUACCGUCUAUGCACAAUAGGGGUAUUAUAGAUGGUUAAGUUUCUGUUUUUCUCCUAUACCAACCAUGGCGUACAAUAAGCAGUAAUUUGUUGCGAAUUUUUAUUCAAUAUGUUAUUUAAUUAAACAAUUCAGAUUGAAAUCUAACGUGUAACCCAAUUUUUCUUAAUUGCAAGCAAUACUCUCACUACCAAUAAACGAAUGUUAAGACCCAA